AGAAUCCGACAUGAGGUUCAUCAACGUAUACUUCUUUGCUCUUCUGGUGUGCCUGUUCCAUGGCAACUCCCGUGGAUACAGCAUCGAACAGUUCUGCCGCAAACUUUGCGAACAAAGAUUGGAAAGAUGGUGUUUCGAAGACUGCAAGAAACAAAAAGGGCGAGGUUUCGACGUAAUAUAUAAAUAAGCAAAUCAAAUAAACCUAUCAACGCUUGUAUGCACAG